GGUUUGAUCAUCACGUUCAUUAGGUUACAUAUCUGAUCCAACUGAAAUACUGACAUACAGACUGAAGGGCUGAUAAACGGCGACCUGUCGAUGUUUGACUUUGUGUUGCUCCUCCUUCAUAACCAGAAAACCCUUCUUGAAAACUCUCAGAAACUCAUUCACGCACUGAUUCCAGCAUAGCCGUUUAACUCUGAACACUUUAGUGUUGUAAAUCAUCAUGGACAGUGUUUCCACGCACACACAUGAAUCCAGCCGCAGUGAGAGGAAAGUGAUCGCGGUGGUGGGAGGCGGUUUGGUUGGAUCGCUGAUUGCCUGCUUCCUUGCCAAAAGAGGAUUUGACGUUGCAGUCUAUGAAUCACGAGAAGAUAUUCGUCAAGCAAAAGUCGUGAAAGGUCGAAGCAUCAACUUGGCUUUGUCACAUAGGGGGCGCCAGGCCUUGAAACAUGUGGGAAUGGAGGAUAAGAUAGUCUCUAAAGGCAUUCCAAUGCAUGCCCGAAUGAUCCAUAAUCUGAAUGGAAAACGCUCUCCAUACCCUAUGGCAAAAAGGGACAGGUUCAGAAAUGCACAGUCACAUGACAGGUUGCAGUAA